CCGGAAACAGUGGGUGUACAAACAUGGCGCUCAUGUUCGCUAGAUCCUAGAUUCUGACGUCUAGCUUCCGCCUUUUGCUUGUUAUGACGCCGUGAGAUCGCGCCGUUCGUGACUGUUGUUUAGUCGGCCAUAGUCUCUCUUAACACUGAGUGACCGAUAGAAGCUGCAGGAUGGGAGUCCCUAAAUUUUACCGCUGGAUCUCUGAACGGUACCCGUGCCUCAGUGAAGUGGUGAAGGAACACCAGAUACCUGAAUUCGACAAUUUGUACUUGGACAUGAAUGGCAUCAUCCACCAGUGCUCACACCCAAAUGACGACGAUGUGCAUUUUCGCAUAACAGAAGAUAAGAUUUUUGCAGACAUAUUUCAUUACUUGGAGGUGCUAUUUCGCAUUAUCAAGCCAAGGAAAGUGUUUUUUAUGGCAGUGGAUGGUGUGGCCCCUAGGGCAAAAAUGAACCAACAACGGGGGAGACGUUUCAGAUCAGCAAAAGAGGCAGAGGACAAAAUAAAAAAGGCUGUAGAAAAGGGAGAAGUUUUGCCAACAGAAGCCAGAUUUGAUUCCAACUGUAUUACCCCUGGAACUGAAUUUAUGGCUCGCUUGCAUGAGCAUUUGAAGUAUUUUGUAAAUAUGAAGAUUUCCACAGACAAGUCUUGGCAGGGAGUCGCCAUUUACUUGUCUGGCCAUGAGACACCAGGAGAAGGGGAACAUAAAAUAAUGGAGUUUAUUCGAUCUCAAAAAACAAAGCCAGACCAUGAUCCAAACACAAGGCACUGCCUGUAUGGAUUAGAUGCCGAUUUGAUAAUGCUUGGUUUAACAAGCCAUGAAGUUCACUUCUCUCUUCUAAGAGAAGAGGUUCGCUUUGGUGGAAAGAAAAAUCAAAAAAGGGUUACUGCGCCAGAAGAAACUACAUUUCAUCUUCUUCACUUGUCUUUAAUGAGAGAGUAUAUUGAUUAUGAAUUUUCAUCUUUAAAAAACAAGAUUUCAUUUGAAUAUGAUGUAGAACGAAUAAUUGAUGAUUGGAUUUUAAUGGGAUUUCUUGUAGGCAAUGAUUUUAUUCCUCAUCUACCUCAUUUGCAUAUUAACCAUGAUGCACUGCCUCUAUUGUAUAGAACAUAUAUUAGUGUCUUGCCUACUAUUGGAGGUUACAUAAAUGAAAAUGGUUAUUUAAACCUGUAUAACUUUGGGAAGUACCUAGAAAAACUUUCAGAUUUUGAUCGGGAACAUUUCAAUGAAAUCUUUGUGGACCUAAAAUGGUUUGAAAGCAAAGUGGGCAAUAAAUACCUCAAUGAGGCUGCAGGCCAAGCUGCUGAAGAAGCCAAAAACAUUAAGAAAAAGAAAAACAAGGUUCCCGAAGAUGCCUUUUGUUUUAGUGCAUUAGAGAAUAAUGGGGAAGAAAAUUCUGAAUGUUUAGAUGAGGACCCUGAAGAUGAUGAAAAUGAGGAUGAUCUCUUUGAGACAGAAUUCAGACAAUACAAGAGGACAUACUACAUGUCAAAGAUGGGUGUGGAGGUUGUUUCUGAUGAAUUUCUGGCAGAUCAGGCUAAAUGCUAUGUCCAGGCAAUACAGUGGAUUUUGCACUAUUACUACCAUGGAGUCCAGUCCUGGAGCUGGUACUACCCCUACCAUUAUGCACCGUACCUAUCUGAUAUUUGUAAUAUCAGCCAUCUAAAGCUGACAUUUAAUUUGGGUAAACCCUUCAUGCCGUUUGAGCAGCUGCUUGCAGUCCUUCCUGCUGCUAGUAAGGAUUUAUUGCCUCUCACUUAUCAGAAUCUGAUGAUCAGUUCAGAUUCUCCAAUCAUAGAUUAUUACCCGCAAGAUUUCAAAACCGAUCUCAAUGGAAAGCAACAGGAGUGGGAAGCUGUUGUACUAAUUCCUUUCAUUGAUGAGAAACGAUUGCUGGAAGCCAUGGUAUCCUGCAAUAGAAGUCUAGCUGAGGAGGAGAAGAAAAGGAAUCAGCACAGUGAGUGCAUUAAGUACUGGUAUGAAAAGGAAACAGACUUCAAAUACUUUUCACCUUGGCCAGAGAAAUUUCCAAGUGUUGAUCGUUGCCAUGCAAGGUAUAAACUAAUUUCUUUGGAUGCCUGGCUUGUAGAUGUCACUGAUAAUAAAAUAACAAAAGUAGACAAGAGUGCACUGUAUUUUUGUGGAUUUCCUACACUAAAGCAUAUAAAACACAAGUAUUCUAUGAAAAAGGCAGGUGUACAGGUAUUCCAGCAAAGCAGCCGUGGAGAGAAUAUGAUCUUGGAGAUAGAGACUGAAGGAGAUGAAGAUACCCUAAAUGUAGACACUGUUGCCAGUGCGGUACUUGGAAAAUCUGUAUUCGUAAAUUGGCCUCACCUGGAAGAAGCCAGAGUUGUUACUGUUACAGAUGGAGACAUGAAGUUCUAUUUAGAAGAACGCCCUGGAACACAAAAGCUUUACACUGGUAACUCAGUACCACCGACUAAAGUAGCUUAUGUUGGCGAUAAAGAAAGAAACAUAUGGGUGAAAGAAAUUCAGGGAAUAUCAGAACAUUACCACAGAAGAAAGGGAGUAGUGAUAAACGAGACUGCAGUAGUGUUGUAUGCACAGCUGCUCACUGGCCGCCGCUACCAGUUAGGACACAAUGGCGAGGUUCAUCUCGAGAAGCAGUGGUCCAAGCAAGUGCUGCCUUUUGUGUACCAGGCUGUUGUCCAGGAUAUCACUACUUUUGAGUCUGGCUCAUCUCAUUACAAAACACUGGGCGAGCUGUUCUCUCCUGAAAGUUCUGUCUUCAUGUUGGGUGCACCCUACUAUGGAUGCAUAGGAGAGGUACAAGAGUCAUCUGAUGUUCUCAGUGAGAACAGAAUCCGUGUGCUUUUAACUAUUCCCUGUGAACCACAGCUAGAUGCCUUAAUACAGAACCAGCAUAAAUUUUCUAUAAAAUAUAACCCUGGGUAUGUUUUGGCUAGUCGUCUUGGUGUGAAUGGAUACCUCGUGUCUAGGUUUACAGGGAGUAUCUUCAUUGGCAGAGGAUCCAAGAAGAAUCCCCACGGAGAGCAAAAGUCCAAUGUGGGACUUAAUCUUAAGUUCAAUAAGAAGAAUGAGGAAGUUCCUGGCUACACUAAAAGGGUUGGGACGGAAUGGACAUACUCCUCUGCUGCUGAGGUCCUUCUUAGUGAAUACAUAGAGAGGUUCCCUGAAUUAUUCUUAUAUGUAUCAAAAAAAAGCCAAGAAGAUGUAUUCUAUGAGGAUGAUAUUUGGCCAGGAGAGAAUGAGAAUGGAGCUGAGAAGGUUCAGGAGAUUGUGUCCUGGCUGAAGUCUCAUCCAGUUAACAUGCUGUCUCGUUCAUCAUGUGAUCUUCAAAUCCUGGAUGCUGCUAUAGUAGAAAAGAUUGAAGAGGAGGUUGAAAAGUGCAAGUCAAAAAAAAACAGUAAAGUUCGAGUGACAGUCAAGCCUCAUUUGUUGUUUAAGCCUCUUGAGCAGCAGCAUGGAGUUGUUCCAGACCCAGAUGCAGAAUUCCGUCUUUAUGACCGCGUUGUUAAUGUCCGGGAGAACUUUUCUGUCCCACUAGGACUCCGAGGCACUGUUAUAGGAAUUAAAGGAGCGGAAAGAGAUGCUGAUGUGCUUCUUGAAGUCCUGUUUGAUGAAGUAUUUCCUGGAGGCUUAACAAUAAGGUGUUCCCAGUUUAAAGGGUAUCGCUUACCCACAAGUGCCUUAAUCAACCUUUCUCACGGUAAUCGUAUGGAAAGUGGAGGACAGAAACUGACUGCUGUAGUUAAGCCACAACCAGCUAUUAAUCACCAUGUUUCUGAUAAAGAACAAAUGGGGGGCCUCAACCAUUCUCCCCGUUCUCUCUUUGUUCCUACAAAGGUGAACGGAAAGCAGCAUUCUCAAGGUCAGGCCAACUCACCACACAAAGGUUUUGCUUCUGCCGGAAAUCAGAAACAAAAGCAUAAACAGGAUGAUGAGUAUUACAAUGUGUGGCACUCACUGCAAGACUCUGGGAAAUCACCUCGUGCUCAAAACUUGCAUGGCAAGGCUAUGAACCUACCUCAGGAAAAGAAGCCAGGCCCCAAUAAUCAUUUUUAUAAGUCAGAAAUGGCUGAGAGCAGCCCCAAAUGUCAGUCCAAAAGACAGGAUCCAAUUAGGAAAAUGAAAGAGGAUUUCAGGUUUCAAAAGCAUGAGAGCCAAACCCAGGGUGCGUUAAACAAACCGAAUACGUACGAUUCUAUGAAGCAAGUGAAACUGUUGAAACGAACUGACAAUCUCUUAGAUAUGCAGAUUGAGAAAGAUAUUCCUAAGGCUUCAGAAGGAAAGCCGAAUAGUGAGUUUGAAAAUUUAAUUGCAUCACUGAAGAUUGCAGAUGAAGAGCAGACACAGCCUGCACCUCAAAGCCAAGACAAGAGCUCUAGCGCGGAACACUUGUCCCCUCAGUCAUUUGCCAUGAAAGGAACUCAAAUGUUAAAAGAGAUCCUCAAGAUUGACAGCUCAGACUCUACAGACCAACACAAAGAAGGAGUUAAAAAGGAUACUGUCACAGCAUCGUCUCAGCGCAAACAAACCAAACAGAUAGCUGCACACAUGAACAGGCCUCAGGGAGCUGGCGCAGCUUUCAGUGCACCCAACCCAGAGUCGCUACGGGCACCUCUAAUUCCACAACCACCUGCCAUGGGUACUCCACUGUCUGAACUUUACCGUAUAUGUAGUUUGGUUGGAAUGCAUCCACCGGAGUUCUCUUUCCUGCGAACCGCACAGGCUCUCACCGCUUGUCAAGUGAAGCUGUCAAAUGGUUUAAUCAUAGCUGGGCCCCCUUGUCAUGCAGAAAAUGAAGCCAAGGAGAAAGCUGCUUUAUUUGCUCUUCAGAGACUGAGCUCAAUCAGUUUCCCAUUACCACCACCACCAGCUAUGUUUCCAACCUAUCCACAUCUUGGAGCUGCUUUACCUGCAGGACAGAUGCCCUCAGUCUUUCCACCUGCAGCAGCAAAUAUGAUCCCUGCAGCACCACACGUAUUUGCUCCCGUAACAUGGAGACCUCAGAUACAGAUCCCUAAACCUUACUACCCAGGCCCUUUUCCUAGCAAUGCACCUGUAGUGGGUCACAUGCCAGCGGGCAGUCACAACCAGUUUGUACCACUCCAGGUAACAAAGCAAAGGGCUGCUUUCCAUAAAAACAGUGAAUACAAGGAACCAGUAAAUCCAUCCCAAACCUCUUCAGACCAUGAGCAGAGAUUAGUUCCAGAUGGCAGCAGCCAGAGCCCCCAAGACACUGCAUCUCCUUCUUUGGCAUCCCAUCAAACUGCUCAGCCAACCUCGGCAGAAAAAGUCUCACCUAGUCCUUUUAUGCGUCACGGCAAAACGACUCCAGGGUCAGCUGGCAAAAAGAAGCCACGAAAAUUAGCAGUCAAUUUCGGUGGCCCUAAAACAUCAGAAUAAACCCUUGUUCUUGUAUCCCCCAUUGUGGGGUCUUGCCUUAACAUUGUUAUGUAUAAUAGCCGUGAUUUGCUGCCAUGCAUCUUAAAUUAUUUUCCUUGAUUUCCGUUUACAGGCCAAUGGCAUUGAGAACAUAUCUAUCAAACCAUAACUGCUUCUAUAAUCCCUUAAACUCAUCAAAUUACAGUUCUCAAAGAAUAAUUUGUUUGUAACAGACAAGGUUCCAGAAGAUCAGGCUUUUGGAAUUAGAUCAGUAAAACAUGCAGAUAUAGUGAGUUAUGCAGCAGAUUUACCUUUAUAAACCGUUUGAGCAGUGAAGUAAUGAAUUUGUUUCUAAAUUUCUUAGAAGCAUUGUGAGGAUUGUAUCUAGGUAAUAUCCCCUGUGAUAGAGCAUUACAUAUAUUUCCCUAUCAUUCAGCAAAGCAGAAGUUCAUUCCAGGUGAACCAGUUUCCAAGAUUUGCAUUAAUGGCACCUGGGAGGGGAAGACUUAACCCCUUCUAUGCCAGAGCCUGCAGCACAAAAGGGGGCUAGCCUAGUUGUAGUUAAACACUUUUUUUGUAUUUGUGAAAUCAUUCUAUAUUCUUAAAACAUGUCAAUAUUUGUUUGCAGUCUGCUUUUAUCACUCCCACGAAAAGGGAUAUUUUUUUUAAAUGCUGGAAUUUUUCAUUGGAUCUUAUACAGAACAGUAUUUUAUUAAAAAAUAAAAAGCAAGGGAAGAUUUUAUGUGCUAAUUUCUCUAUUGUUUAUACAAUUUUAAAGAAAUAACCUUUUAUGGUUUAUCUACAGUACCAAGUGACAGAUGUUUCUAGUAGCACGUGCUCUUCACUGUUCUACCACAUGUACAGUUCAGGGUCCAUGUCAUGAAGCUGUGCAGCAUAUUCUGGAAUUUUCAACAUAAAAGUUUUCAGAAUUGUAAAUGAAUUGAAUUAAAUGUGUAUUACUAGCUUUACAAACCCUUUAUUGUGCAAGAUUUUUGUUAAAUACUUAUUUUGGUUCAUUGUGGUAAAAUACCAGGGGGCCCCAAGGGGGUGGGGACUGGCCCAGAUGUAGUGCACCUGUGCUCCCCCUGUAGUCAUACCACUUAUCUCUGAGCAAACUUAAAGGGAACUUGUCACCCACACAUUAAAAACUGUAUAAUAAAAGUCCUUUUCAAAUUAAACACAAAGCCCAAAUUCUUUUUUUUAUUAAAACAUCAGCCUUAGGCAUAUAGAUGGGACAAUUGCUUUCACUUGCCAUUCAACAGUUCCUAGAUGUCACUGCAUUCUUUUCAUUCCCCCCUUCCUCCUUACAGUCUGUAAUUGUGUAGCAUAGGCAUCCGGUCCCCCAUUCUGGCACAUAAGAUUUUGGGGUGAUGAUGAAAAGCUUGCCUUUAAUAACAGUGUCCACAACAUGGCACCUGUCUGCUUGCUGCGAUUGUGAAUUCCAAGGUUUAUAUAAUUUACAUAGUGUAAGUAAAGUUUAUUUUGCUUGAAUAGCUCAAUAGAAAAGAAUUUGGAAUUAUUUCUUAGGGUGACGUGCCCUUUAAAAAAAAAAAAAAAAUCUAUUUGUAAUCUUUAAUUAGUAGAUCAAACAAACAAGUGGUUCCAAACAGAAAAGAGAGGGUUCAACCAAAGUCAGGUCUUAGUUCACUUAUACAGUGAGAAGAGAGAAGGUUUUUGAGAUCACAUGAAUUACUGUAAAACUGUUGUGGCCAUACAUGUACAGAAGACUAAGUGCAAAAUUGGCCCAACUUCCUAAUCUGGGUGUGUAAACUUGUGGGUGAAAAUGGUGGGAUGUGACCUUAAGGCUAAUGUCCCACGGAGAGAUUAGUCGCUGCAAUUUUUAAAAAGCGAGUUCCAGUGACAAGUCGCUAGUUUUGUCUUUACAUAGAGAAGAAUAUAAAUCGCCAGUACCUUAUUAACCGACGACACAUUUUCGAGCGAUUUUACAAAGAAAGCAUUGUCAUUCAAAACUAUUGGAAUCACUGAACUUUCCCCAUUGCACCAAAUGUAAUUUCUAAUUGUGGGUGGGGAAUAUGACACCUGGAUUUGUGGGAAAUACAAUGCUCUGUUGUUGAAAUCUCUAGUAAUCGCUUGUUAGGAAAAGAUGAGCGACUUGUCGCUGAAACUCUUUUUAAAAAUCGCAGUGACUAAUCUCGCUGUGGGACAUUAGCCUAACUCAUUUAAAGACUUGGGGGUUGUUGCACAUGGCCUCCAGUAUUUCUUUGCUGAAAUACAUAACAUGCUCUAACAAUUGGUAAGGCAGCAGGCUGAGAUGUAUGUAUGGUCUCUGCUUAUGCCUUUUUUCUUUGGGAAGUUAAGCUGGCCAUACACAGGUUCCACAAUUGGACCUUAUAGAGGGCCCAUACAGACCCAUGAAUAGUGAAACGCGACCCUGGCCCAGUUUGGUCUUUAUUUAAUGAUUGUUCCUGCUUAAUAUGUCAUUGAGCCCUAAUCAGCUAUAAAAAGGCCAUUGUUUUAGCCCCAUUCUCAGACUAUAGGCUGCAGAAUCAAAUACAAUCUCUAGCAUGGCCAGCAGGUCUUUGAUCAUCUGAAAUUUGUGGACGUCACAUGAACUGUUGUGAAGCCUUUAGCCAGUUUGUCCAAGUGUUGGGCCCCAGCAUCCUCACUUUCACUCCAGACUUUGAAACCUAUUGCCCCAUGUGUCCCAUCAUGUUUAGGUGGUACUUUCAUGGCAGAUCUACACCUGGUUCAUUAGUCCAUGGCAUUUAAUAGACAAUUUAUAAUAAUAUUAUCUUGUUCAAAAACCCAGGUUGGUUUCCUGUUGGAUGCUGUAAUACCAAUUCAAGAGAAAUGUGAAUAAAAUCCUUGUGAAUCUUUA